CACGAAGCAAGCGACUUCCCAGAAAUGGCCGAACUGCGUCCCCUGAGCGCCGAACUCCGUCGCAUUGCCGAAACGGAACUAAACGAGGUGGAGGAUCGGGUAUCCACCGAUUUAGUAGCUCUGCGGGAUUGGCUGGCUAAGCAGCCGCAUCUAAAAGCUCGUCAGGAUGAUCAGUUUCUGGUUGGUUUCCUUCGGGGCUGCAAAUUCAGCCUGGAGAAGACCAAGUCCAAAUUGGAUUACUUCUACACCAUCAAGACCCUAAUGCCCGAACUCUUUGGCAGUCGAUUGGUGGACGAGAAGAACUUAGCUUUGUGUCGAACGGGAACCUAUGUCCGUUUGCCAAAACCUUGGGGAGUAGCUGGACCCCGCCUGCAGCUUACAAAUUAUGAAAAAUUUGAUCCCAAACAGUUCAAGUUACUGGAUCUCUUCCGCUACCAAACGAUGCUUUCGGAGCAGGCAAUCCGUGAGGAUGACAAUAGCAACAUUAGUGGCUACGUCGAGAUCAUUGACAUGGCUAAACUGAGCCUUAGUUUUUUGGCCCAACUGGAUUUUACCCUUAUCAAAAAAAUGGGUAUAUUCGCAGAGAAAGCUCAACCCACUCGCCUGAAAGGAGUGCAUCUCAUCAAUUGCCCCAAGGAGGGAGUGGCUCUCUUGAAUCUGGCCAAGAGCCUUAUGCCCAGCAAGCUCCAGCAACGGUUUCACGUGUACAAAAAUCUGGAGCAAUUAUACGAGGUAAUACCUCGUGAAUACCUUCCGGAGGAAUAUGGAGGCACCAAUGGACGUAUAACCGAUAUUCAAGCGGAGGCCGAGAAGCGAUUGCUGUCCUACAAGAACUAUUUCGCAGAGGAUUCCCAGUACGGAGUGGAUGAACAUCUACGUCCUGGAAAGCGUGUUAGUGCCGAUUCCAUUUUCGGUGUUGAGGGAUCUUUCCGAAAACUCGACAUCGAUUAAAGCCCGACGAUGUUCAAAUUAGUUAUUUAACGAAAGGGUAGAAUCGUCUCAAUUAAAAUCAGUAAAUUCAAACCCAAAAA